AUGGACGUAUUUCUCUCUCAACCAAUAUCACAUGGUCAUGCUUCACAAGCUGAUCGUGUUUCAGCUAUCCAAUUAAAGAACGAAAUUAAAGCUCGUGCUGUGACGACAGAUGAAUCAUCCAGCUCAAUUUUUCAUUCGGCCUUACGUACAUAUCCACUGAGUGCCGCUGGUGAACGUCCAAGAAGUGAAGCACUUAUACUCACAGUUCGACGACAACGUACUGCUGAAACAGUCGAUGCUGAUGGUCGUAUACCAGAAGAAUUAAGAAAGACAUAUCGUGAUGAAGAUUUCAUCUUGCACGAAGACGAGCAUUUAAUUAUGUUUACAACGAAAAAUAAUUUAUCUAUUCUGAAGCAAAACAAGCAUUGGUUUGCUGAUGGAACAUGUAAAGUGAGCUAUUAA